CUCCUUUUCCCACUUCAAAUCCAACUUCAUUAAUUCUUCUACUACUUUGCUCAGUCUCACACAACACACUAUACCUUGAUUUCAAAGAAUUAAAUUGGCAAUAGAAAUGAAGAUGAACAAUGUUGGUGGUGCAAGUCAUGAUGAGAGCUCAAAGAAGAAAAUGUCAAGUAGAAGACUUGGAAAGUUUCUUAAGGAGCAAAGAGGGAGGCUUUACAUAAUGAGAAGAUGUGUAGUCAUGCUUCUUUGUUGGCAUGAUUGAUAAUCCCAAAUAGAAAUAAUUGA